CCUCUCGUGCGCAGACGCAGUUGCGCCCGGCGGCCUAACGGUGGCGGCGAAAAAUGUCCCCAGGCUAGGUAUCCUGCUUGUCUCCAGUGCGGUCCGCCGCUUGGCGUCUCCGUCGCGGCGGGCACAGGUGCCUUCUCCAGGAGGGAGAAAUGGCCACAAGGUUGCUGCCAGCCCAAGCUCAGGAGUCUGUGACAUUCAGGGACGUGGCCGUGUUCUUCAGCCAGGAUGAGUGGCUGCGCCUGGACUCCGCGCAGAGAACCCUGUACCGGGAGGUGAUGCUGGAGAACUACGGCACCCUCGUCUCGCUGGGAAUCCUGUUUUCCAAACCAAAGGUCAUCUUCCAGUUACAGCAAGGGGAAGACCCCUGGAUGGUGGAAAAUGGAGUUUCUCAAGGCCCAUGUGUAGGUUGGGAGCGCUUGUUUGAAACUACAGUUUCUGAAGAAGAAAAUCAGGAAGUAAUGAAUAAACUCCUAGGUGACAGUCCUUUUGAUUUCAAGCCAGGGAAAGCCUAUAUAAAUGAGGACAAACUAGAGAAGCAACAAGGCAAAAAGAACAAACCUUUCAGGAAAGUCUUAGUCACCAUCAAAAACACCCACAUGAGGGAGAGGAGCUUUACAAGUAUUGAGCUCGGGAAAAAUGUCAGUCUGAAAUCAUCCCUUAUUAGAAAACCCAGACUCGUUUCCAGAGGAAGGAAACCCCAUUCCCAGCAGUAUUCAGUUCUCUUUAAACAACUGGGAGUCAAUACGGUGCGCAAAUGUUACAAAUGUAACCUCUGUGGGAAAAUCUUCCUCCACAGUUCUUCCCUGAGUAAACACCAGAGAAUCCACACCGGAGAGAAGCUCUACAAAUGCAAGGAAUGUCGGAAAGCUUUCAGCCAAAGCUCCUCUCUCACUCAGCACCUGAGAGUUCACACGGGAGAGAAACCUUACAUCUGCGGCGAAUGUGGGAAAGCCUUCAGUUUCACCACAUCCCUCAUCGGACAUCAGAGGAUGCAUACCGGAGAGAGACCCUAUAAAUGCAACGAGUGUGGCAAGACAUUUAAAGGAAGCUCAUCCCUGAAUAAUCACCAACGAAUUCAUACUGGAGAAAAGCCCUAUAAAUGUAACGAGUGUGGGAGAGCCUUUAGCCAGUGCUCAUCUCUUAUUCAACAUCACAGGAUUCAUACUGGAGAGAAACCCUACGAAUGUAGUCAGUGUGGGAAAGCCUUUACUUCAAUAUCGCGGCUAAGUAGACACCAUAGAAUUCAUACUGGAGAGAAACCCUUUAAUUGUAAUGAGUGUGGGAAAGUAUUCAGUUAUCACUCAGCCCUUAUCAUACAUCAGAGAAUCCACACUGGGGAGAAACCUUAUGCAUGUAAGGAAUGCGGGAAAGCCUUCAGCCAAAGCUCUGCUCUGAUACAGCAUCAAAGAAUUCAUACGGGAGAAAAACCCUACAAAUGCAACGAAUGUGGGAAGGCCUUCUCCUGGAUUUCACGGCUUAAUAUACACAAUAGAAUCCAUACCGGAGAGAAACCGUAUAACUGUAAAGAAUGUGGAAAAGCCUUCAGUUCUCACUCAGCGGUUAAUACUCAUCGAAAAAUUCACACUGGAGAGAAACCUUAUAAAUGUAAUGACUGUGAAAAAGCCUUCAACCAAAGCUCAGCUCUCAUUCAGCACCAGAGAAUUCACACUGGAGAGAAACCAUUUAGCUGUAAAGUAUGUGGGAAAGCUUUCCGACAAAGCUCAUCCCUUAUGACGCAUAUGAGGAUUCAUACGGGAGAAAAGCCGUAUAAAUGUAAAGAAUGUGGGAAGGCUUUUAGUCAGAGCUCAUCCCUUACCAAUCAUCAGAGGACUCAUACAGGAGAAAAACCUCAUAUUUGUCACGAAUGUGGGAAAAGCUUUGCCCAGAGUCUCCAUCUGAUUGAACACCAGAGAAUUCAUACUGGCAAGAAACCCUACAGAUGUGAUGAGUGUGGGAAAACCUUUAGCCACAGAUCAUCCCUUCUUGCCCAUCAGAGAAUCCAUACGGGAGAGAAACCUUACAAAUGUAAUGAAUGUGAGAAAGCGUUCAGCAGCAGUUCGACCCUGAUCAAGCAUCUGAGGGUGCACACCGGAGAGAAACCCUAUCACUGCAAGGAAUGUGGGAAGGCCUUCAGCCAGUGUUCAACCCUCACCGUACAUCAGAGAAUUCAUACCGGUGAGAAACUCUAUAAAUGUGCUGAAUGUGAGAAGGCCUUCAAUUGUAGAGCAAAACUUCACAGACACCAAAGAAUCCACACAGGGGAGAAACCCUAUAAAUGCAGUGAGUGUGGGAAACGUUACAGCCAGUUUGCAUCCCUGGCUGAACACCAGAGGUUUCAUACUGGGGAGCAGCUGUGUAAGUGCUUGGAAUGCGGGAGAACCUUCACACGCAUCUCAACCUUUCUCGAACACCAGCGAAUUCAUACCGGCCAGAAACCCUAUCAAUGUAACGAGUGUGGGAAAACCUUCAACCAGUAUUCCUCCUUCAAUGAACAUCGUAAAAUUCACACCGGGGAAAAGCUCUAUACCUGUGGAGAAUGUGGGAAAGCCUUUGGUUGCAAAUCCAACCUGUACAGGCACCAGAGAAUUCACACUGGAGAGAAGCCCUACCAGUGCAAUCAGUGUGGGAAGGCCUUCAGCCAAUAUUCUUUCCUCACCGAACACGAGAGAAUCCAUACCGGAGAAACUCUACAAGUGUAUGGAGUGUGGGAAGGCCUACAGUUACAGAUCCAACCUGUGCAGACACAAGAAAGUUCACAUGAAGGAAAAACUCUAUAAAUGGAAGGAGUAUGGGAAGCCUUUUAUCUACAGCUCCUCCCUUACUCAGUAUCAGAGAUUUCUUAGAGCAGAUAAGCCCGGUGAAGUUUAAUUCU